AUGAAGAUUUUCGUACUUGGCUCAGGAAAAAUUUAUGACAGAGUGACAAUAUCUCUGACUGCGGCAACGUCCCCAGCACCAGUCUCCUCCACCGAGAGGAUGUUCUGGCUGUUCCAGUCUCUCCCGCUUGUCUUCUGCCUUGGCCCAGGGCAUGUAGUUUCACAGGAAAGCUCAACCCCAUCGAUAAUGAAUGGGGUGCUGGGGGAGUUGGUAACCCUUCCCCUGAAGUUUCCCACGGGAGAGAAGGCCAUGUCCAUCACCUGGCUUUACAGUGGAACAUCUAUCGCCUUCAUAAGACUAAAGGAAGACCAAAGCUCAGAAUCCCACGUGACCGACCCAAAACGAAGAGAGCGGCUGAGCUUCACUGGGUGCUGCUCCUUGCAGCUCAGCAACCUGAUGAUGGCAGACACAGGAUCUUACAGAGCCCAGAUAGCCACAGAGACCUCUACAAAGUUUUUUAAUUAUACUUUGAGGAUCUUUGAAAAACUGAGGAACAUACAAGUUACCAAUCACAUUCAACUGACUGAGAAUAAGACCUGUGAAAUCCACCUGGCCUGCUUUGUGGAGAACUCAAGUGACACUGUCGCAUUCACGUGGCAGACCUCAGGAAACAUACAUCAACAUAGUCCAAACUUCACUAUCUCCUGGGACCCCAGAAAUUCCAGUGAGGACAACUAUACCUGCAUAGCCGAGAACCCCGUCAGCAAUUUAUCCCUCUCUGUCUCUGCCCAGGCGCUCUGCAAAGGCAUUAAGAAAAAUCCAGACUCGGAUAGCAUAUGGAUUAUUGGGACUACUGUAUUUGCAGUCAUCCUUAUCUCUGCAGUACUGUUAUGCUGUAUUGUUUGGAGAAGAAUAGGCAGGUUUUCUUUCUUGAUACUUGUCUGUUCUCCAAGGUACCAGGGAUUUAGAGUAGAGAGGCCCAUGGGGUGGUGGGCAGAAGAUUCCCAUCACUUCUCUCCCCAGCAAGCCCAGGGUCCUGCACCACCCCCAAGGAACACAGAGAAUGCGUCGGUCUCCCCAGGGAGCAGUACUGUGUAUGCUUCGGUCACUCAUCCCAACAGCAACAGGGAAAUGGAAAGCCCAACACCUAUGGAAAACAAUGAUUCUGUCACAAUUUACUCUACAAUCAAUCAUUCCAGAGAGAGUAAACCCACUUCUCCUAGGGCAACUGCCCUUGACAACGUCGUGUAAGUUGCUGAAAGGCCUCAGUGGAAUCGGGGAAAAACACAUCAUAUGCUGAUCCCAUGGAGAGGAUAAAAAGCAAGAAGCUUGGGUUUAAUCCUGGCAACAGAAUCUGAAUAUCAAGGAUUAUUACUUCCACUCCUCCAGACUUGAACCUGCUUAUUAAAGUCAGAUACCAUCUGAUACCAAAGGAUAACAUCAUUUCCAUCAUGUUAUCUAAAUAAUAUUUUCUAGGGG